GGGUGGAGUCCGGGGAGUAGACAGUGCAGUGGGGGAUUUUCUCAGUCAGUUUGUGUGAGGGAGCCGUGUGGUCGUGACUUGGAUAUGGACACAGAAAGCACACACUGAACAGUGCAGAUCUGACACACACUGACCUGCACAUAGAUAGGAAAAGAGGUGAAGAAAUAAAAGCAAAAACAGAAGAUAGAGGAAAAGGAAAAGAAGAGAUAGACAGAGGAGAAAGAGAAGAAGGAGAGACAGACGGCCAUGAUCUCGCUUCCUUAGUAGGAUGUAGGAGAAAAAGAGGAGAGACUGAAGAAGGAAAAAAGAGACAGACAGCGAGAAGAACGACAGAAUUAUUAUAUCUGUAGGGACGAAGACAAAGAGGGCGACAGGAAUCAUAAAAGGUUGUGAUUUGAGACACCACCUGGAGUGGCUGGUUCACUCUCCACUUUUUCUGCUGCACUUCCUUGUUUUUCUCCGCCUCCCCAUACAAGCUUUGCACACUUUUUCACUCAGGCUUCCCCAUACAUCCCUCCGUCCGACAUCAUCAUGUGUCAUGUGAUUGUGACGUGCCGCUCCAUGCUCUGGACACUCCUCAGUAUCGCCGCGGCCUUCAGUGAGCUCAUCGCUUUCCUUAGCACUGAUUGGCUCGUGGGGUUCCCACGUGUACCUGACUCUGCCUCUGAGGCAACCAGUGAGGCCUACCGCCCCACACUGGGGCUUUUUGGGCGGUGUGUGUUUGUUGGCAGAGUCAUGUGUGGCCCUUACGCACUGACAUUCAGUGAGAUCGCGAGCGGAUUCUGGAAGGCGGCAGCCAUUUUUCUGGCGACGGGAAUCCUGCUGCUCAGCGCCGUGGCCUUCACUUCCAUUUUCACCAUCUGUUUCCAGAGCAUCAUGAGGAAGAGCAUCUUCAAUGUGUGUGGACUACUGCAGGGCAUCGCAGGUCUGUUCCUGAUCCUGGGCCAGUUGUUGUACGCCGCAGGGUGGGGCAGUGAGAAGGUGAAGCAGUACUGUGGUGUGAACUCGUCGGCGUAUAACCCGGCGCUGUGCUCAGUGGGCUGGGCUUUUUACACAGCACUGCUCGGCACUGUGCUCAGCUUCAUCAGCGCCGUGUUCAGCGCGCAAGCCGAGAUCGCCACAUCCAGCGACAAAGUCCAGGAGGAGAUCCAACAGGGCAAAAACCUCAUCUGCCUCCUCUGAGAGAGACCCACAGGAGAAACAGAGGCCCUGAUGUCAGGCACAUUAACAGCAGCGUGACAGCAAUCUAAUGACAAGAGAACAAAACCACUUUAAUUUCAUCUCACUACUAAAACUCUGCUCUUAUUGUGUUCUAACGUUGGAGAAAAUCCUCCUCCGUCAUUUUUCUCUUCAUGUCCUUUGCCUUUACGCGUUCAUUUGUUGUAUUGUUUUUGGUUUGUUGCUUAGAUUUGUUUUUUCUGCUCACUGAAAUGAAGAAUGAAUUUGUAAAUAAGUGUGUAUAUACUGUACAUAAUGAUGAUGAUGAGGAGGAGGAGGAGGAGGAGGAGGAAACAUCUCAGUGAUGAAGGUGCUGAAACCACUAAACCACUGUCACUUCCUGUUACGGGUCGAAGUUCUGCACAUGUUUAACCAGGAAGCAGGAAGUUUACUCCCGCUGUUCCUGGAUCAGUUCCUGGUUGUAAAACACAAGUAGACCUGCACAGGUGAAACUGACUUCGGAUGAGUGGACCAAAGGAGCCAAGACCUUUGUUAAGACUCUUCUGUGGUAUUUUAACAAGACUCUUCCUCCUUAACUUUUUCUUUCUUUUUCUGCUCAGCCCUUUUCCUUUACCUCUUAUUAUUCUCAUAUUUUCCUUCCUCUCUCCAUUUUCUUCAUAUUUUCCCAUAUCCUUUCCGUUUCCUUAUUUACUUCCUCAUAGUCUCAGGACAAAAAGCAAGAGGAAGAGCGAUCGUUGUGCGACAGGAAAAGCCCUAAAGUAAUUUGUUCUUAUACAUCCAUUGAGUGUGUGUGUGUGUGUGUGUGUGUGAGAGAGAGAGAGAGAGAGAGAGAGAGAGAGAAUAAUCACCAGCCACAUAAUCACUGCUCUUUGCCAAAUAAAUAAACCUGACUGAACUUUGCUGGUUCUCUCUGCCUGUUUUUCCCUUUAGACUUCCAGUAAAACCCAAAGACGUGUGUGUGUGUGUGUGUGUGUGUGUGUGUGUGUGUGUGUGUGUGUGUCUGUGUGUGUGUGUGUGUGUCCUUAUAGAUCUUGAGCCAAAGACUGAUCACCACUCUGCAUGACAUCACCUUCUCUAAUCCCCGUGUGUGUGUGUGUGUGUGUGUGUGUGUGUGUGACUCACAUCCUGUGUCAAUCAGUGUGAACAGAGACUCAUAGCAACAGAACAAUGACAGAAACACACUACACAAAGGAGAAAAACAGAUCCUUCUGUCCUGCUGAGAGAGACAGAGAGAGAGACAGGCGAGAGAGAGAGACAAGGAAAAAGUGAGAGAAGAAAGGGACAGAAAGAUUGCUUCCAGAUUUUACGGUUUUAUUUUUAUUCCCAGCACUGGAUGUGUGUGCAUGAAAGAGAGAGAGAGAGCGAGAGAGAGAGAGAGAGACAAAGUGUGAGAUAGACAGAAUGAGACUUAAAUCAACUUGUUUCUGAUUCACAUACACUAUAAACCUGCCAUGAUAACAGUCACUCAACCAAUCACAGCUCAGUACAACACAGAGUAAUCAAUCACAGUUCAGUACAACCCAGAGUAAUCAAUCACAGUUCAGUACAACCCAGAGUAAUCAAUCACAGCUUACUACAACACCUGAAUAAUCAAUCACAGCUUACUACAACACCCGAGUAAUCAACCCCCGAGUAAUCAAUCACAGCUCAGUACAACCCCCGAGUAAUCAAUCACAGCUCACUACAACACCCGAAUAAUCAAUCACAGCUCACUACAACACCUGAAUAAUCAAUCACAGCUCACUACAACACUGAGUAAUCAAUCACAGCUCACUACAACACCUGAAUAAUCAAUCACAGCUCAGUACAACACCUGAAUAAUCAAUCACAGCUCACUACAACACCUGAAUAAUCAAUCACAGCUCAGUACAACACAGAGUAAUCAAUCACAGCUCACUACAACACCUGAAUAAUCAAUCACAGCUCACUACAACAGUAAC